CUGAAGCCACGCUGCAGGCCGGCGCUAAACUGGAAGGCAGAGGGCUACGAGUGCAACGCAUUUAUGAGGUUGACAGCAGUUUAUGGAGAAACGAAAAAGAUAAAAAUUAAAAGGUGUCAUUUGCUGUGAAGUCUGGAUCAGUGUAAAAGAAGAGAUGUGUGAGGCUGACACAAGUAUCAUGGAGAAACAGACUGCAAAUGUUAAGGAGGAGGACUGCAAAUGGGAGGUUGACCACCCUAAACAGGAGAGUCUGGACAUUAAAGGUGAGGAGAGUGAACUGGGAUCAGUGAACAUUAAAGACGAGGCUGAAGAGAAGUCUGUCAGCAUUGAGUUACACACAAAUGAAAGUGUGAAGAGAGUCAAAGAAGAUGACUUUCAAGAUGGAGCGAUGGCUGAGUUCAUCUCUUCUCAAAGCAGACAGUGUUCAUCAAUCCGCGUAAAGUCUGAAUCGUUACAAUCUGUCACGAAUGGGACGGAGGAAAAUUCAUCUGUUAAAACUGAGGAAGAUCAGCAACCAACUACAAAUAAGUCUGAUAAAAGAAACAAACCUCACUGCUGUUCUGAAUGUGGCAAGCAGUUUUGUCAAAGGAGCUCCUUUCAGCGCCAUCAAAGAAUUCACACGGGGGAGAAGCCAUACUGCUGUUUGGAAUGUGGCAAACAGUUCUGUCAGAGGGGUGGCCUUUGCACCCACAAGCGAAUUCACACUGGAGAGAAGCCAUUUUGCUGUUCUGAAUGUGGCAAGCAAUUCAGUGACAGGAGUGCGUUGCAUAGGCACAAAAUCACUCACACUGGAGAGAAGCCGUUUUGCUGUUUGGAAUGUGGCAAACAAUUUGGUCGCAGGAGUGGCCUUUGGAGCCACACAAGAAUUCACACAGGCGAGAAGAAACCGUAUUGCUGCUCCGAAUGUGGCAAACAAUUCCGUCAAAGGAGCGACCUUCGGAACCACAGUAGAAUUCACACAGGAGAGAAUCUGUAUUGCUGUUUGGAAUGUGGCAAACAAUUCUGUGACAGGAAGGACCUUCAGAGCCAUACUUUGAUUCACACAGGCGAGAAGCCAUAUUCCUGUUUGGAAUGUGGCAAAAAAUUCAGUCACAAGGCUAGUCUUUGGAGCCACACAAGAAUUCACACCGGAGAGAAGCCGUAUUGCUGUGUGGAAUGUGGCAAAAAGUUCCUUGACAGGUGUGGACUACAGAGCCACACAAGAAUUCACACGGGAGAGAAGCCAUUUUUCUGCUUGGAAUGUGGCAAACAAUUCCGUUAUAUGAACGUUCUUCAGAGACAUGCUAGAAUUCACACUAGAAAGAAGCCGCAAGCAGUAAGUAAGAUGGGCAAGAAGGAGGAAGGAGUCACCCACCUAUCAACUAUGGAUGUGAAAGAGGAGACCUGUGAGGCUGCUGUGAAUAUCAUGGAGAAAAGGAUCAUAAAUGUUAAGGAGGAGGACUGUGAGUGGGAGCCUGUCCACCCUAAACAGGAGACUCUGGACAUUAAGGAGGAGGACUGUCAAUGGGGGUCAAUGGGCAUUAAAGAGGAGGCUGAAGAGACGUCUGUCCGGAUUGAGACGUACAAACAUAAAAGUAGAGAUGGUGUCAAGGAAGAAGACCUUCAUGAUGGGUGUGAAGGAGGAGUGGUGGCCGAGUUAGUCUCUUCUCAAAGCAGAGGCUGUUCAUUUCCAGAGUCUUCUGUUGAUGUGAAGUCUGAAUCAUUGCAGUUGGACACAAAGAGAACUGAGGAAACUUCAUCUGUUACACCACAGGAAGAUCAGCCACCACCUACAAAGAAGUCUUCAGAAAGAGGCAGAUGUCACUGCUGUUCUGAAUGUGGAAAACGAUUCUCUCGCUGGAGUCAUCUUCAGAGACACACUAGAAUUCACACAGGAGAAAAACCGUUUUACUGUAUUGAGUGUGGCAAAGGAUUCGCUCAGAAGAGUUCUCUGCAGAGCCACACAGCAGUUCACACUGGAGAGAAGCUGUAUUGCUGUUUGGAAUGUGACAAACAAUUCAGUCAUGCUAGCAGUCUUCAGAACCACAAAACAAUGCACACUGGAGAAAAGCCUUAUUGCUGUUUGGAAUGUGGCAAAGAGUUUGCGCAAAAGGGCAUACUUGAACAACACAAAAGAAUUCACACUGGAAAUAAGCCAUUUUGUUGUUCUGAAUGUGGAAAGCUAUUCUCUCGCAGAAGUACUCUUAAGUACCACAAAAGAAUUCAUACCGGAGAAAAGCCUUAUUGGUGUUUGGAAUGUGGCAAACAAUUCUCUCGCAGCAGUAGUCUUCAGAGCCACAAAAGAAUUCACACUGGGGAGAAGCCAUACUGCUGUAAUGAUUGUGACAAAGCGUUCUGUGACAGGCGUAGUCUUCGCAGACAUAAAAGAACUCACACCGGAGAAAAGCCUUAUUGCUGUUUGGAAUGUGGCAAACGAUUCACUCAAAGCACUAGCCUUCAUUCCCACAAAACAAUUCACAGCGGAAAAAAGCCUUAUUGCUGUAAUGAAUGUGGCAAACAAUUUUUUUUCCAGACUAACCUUCAUAACCACAAAAAAAUUCAUACAGGAGUGAAGUCAUUUUGCUGUUCUGAAUGUGGCAUGCGAUAUGUGCAUAUGAAAAGUCUUAAGAGACACACCAGAGUUCACAAAGGAGAGAAGGAGGAAGCCCCAAAGGAGGGUACAGAGAGCGAAAAAGGCAGGCAGAGGCACGCGGGUUUCUAUAAACAAGAGAGCGCGAACGCGCGUGCACGUAAACGGCCGGCUUGCGAUGUGCAUGUGACGUCAUCAAGUGCGACGAAAACUCAAGUGAGCGUGCGCCUUGUGUCUCUAAACUUGAGAAUUUCCCUGGAGGCAGUGAUCGAGAUUGUAGCUUUUUUUUUUUUUAUCGCUGAGGGAGUCGUCUUUAACUUAGUCCCAGGGACAGAGCAGGGAAGACAAGUUGCCAGUAACUGUAACACCAGGAUGGAUGUGAAAGAGGAGGCUUGUGAGGCUGACAUCAAGACCAUGUUGAUAACGACUGUAAAUAUUAAGGAGGAGGAGGAGGAGGACUGUGAAUGGGAGCCUGUCCACCCUAACAAGGAGAGUCCCAGCAUUAAGGAGGAGGAUUAUGAGCUGGUAACUGUGGAUAUUAAAGAAGAGGCCAAGGAGACGUCUGUCAGCAUUGAGCCGCACAGACAAAAAAGUAUGGCGAGUACUGAGCUCAAGGUGAGGUCUAAAAGAAGGAGGACUAAGGGAGAGUCAUCUGUUAAAACUCGGGAAGGCCAGCCAUCGUCAAUACAGCAGUCUGGAGAAAGAAACAAACCUCACUGCUGUCUUCAGUGUUAUAAACAAUUCUGGUACAAGAGUGCUCUUCAGAAACACAGACGAAUUCACACUGGAGAAAAGCCACAUUGCUCUUCUGACUGUGGCAAACAAUUUUCACUUAUUGGCCAUCUCAAGAACCAUGAAAGGAUUCACUCAGAUGAAAAGCCACAUUGCUGUCCUGAAUGUGGAAAACAAUUCUCGAUACUUAGCAAUCUCCAGAGACAUAAAAGGAUUCACACAGGUGAGAAGCCACAUUUUUGUUCAGAAUGUGGCAAACAAUUCUCACAAAUUAGCAAUCUCCAGAGCCACCAAAGGAUUCACACAGGAGAAAAGCCACAUUGCUGUUCUGAAUGUGGCAAACAAUUCUCUCAAAGGAGUGGUCUACAGAGACACAUUACAAUUCACACUGGGGAGAAGCCAUAUUGCUGUUCUGAAUGCGGCAAGCAAUUCUCUCACAGGAGUCAUCUUCAGAGCCACACAAGGAUUCACACAGGAGAGAAGCCGUAUUACUGUAAUGAAUGUGGCAAACAAUUCUGUCUCAAGAAUACUCUUCAGAGACACAACAGAAUUCACACUGGAAAGAAGCUGUGGCUUACUACAGGGACAACUUUCCUGUUCUCAAAAUCCAAACAAACAAAUUUUCUUUAUGAGGGAGUUAAACUGUGCUCUUUUAACAGCAAGGAAGACAAGUUGCCAUUAAUUAACUGUAACGUCAAGAUGGAUGUGAAAGAGGAGGCUUGUGAGGCUGACAUCAAGACCAUGUUGAUAACGACUGUAAAUAUUAAGAAGGAGGACUGUGAAUCAGAGCCUAACAAGGAGAGUCCCAGCAUUAAGGAGGAGGAUUAUGAACUGGUAACUAUUGAUAUUAAAGAAGAGGCCAGGGAGACAUCUGUCAUCAUCGAGACGCACAGACAAAAAAGUAUGGAGGGUACUGAGCUCAAGGUGAUGUCUGGCAGAAAGGGGACUAAGGGAGAGUCAUCAGUUGCAACUCGGGAAGGUCAGCCAUCGUCUUCGCAGCAAUCUGGACAAAGAAAGAAACCUCACUGCUGUACUGAGUGUGAUAAACAAUUUUCACACAAGAGUGCCCUUCAGAAACAUAGAAGAAUUCACAGUGGAGAAAAGCUGUACUGUUGUAAUGAAUGUGGCAAACAAUUCACAGAAAUUGGCAAUCUCCAGAGCCACGAACGGAUUCACACAGGAGAAAAGCCAUAUUGCUGUACUGAAUGUGGCAAACGAUUCUCACAAAUUGGCAAUCUCCAAAACCACAAAAGGGUUCACACAGGGGAAAAGCCACAUUUCUGUUCUGAAUGUGGCAAACAAUUUUCUCAACGGAGUGGUCUACAGAGACACAUUAGAAUUCACACUGGGGAGAAGCCGUAUUGCUGUUUGGAAUGUGGCAAGCAAUUCUCAGACAGGAGCCAUCUUCGGAGACACACCAGGAUUCACACAGGAGAGAAGCCGUUCUGCUGUUCUGAAUGUGGCAAACAAUUUUUUGUCAAGAGUAGUCUUAAGGGCCAUAAAAGAAUUCACACUGGGGAGAAGCCAUAUUACUGUAAUGAAUGUGGCAAACAAUUCAGUUACAAGAGCAAUCUUCAGAAACACUGCCGAAUUCACACUGGAGAGAAGCUGUAUUGCUGUAAUCAAUGUAGGAAAGAAUUCUGUCACAGGAGUAAUCUUCAGAAACACAUCAGAAUUCACACUGGAGAGAAGCCAUAUAACUGUAAUGAAUGUGGCAAACAAUUCUGCCACAAAAAUGCUCUUCAGAAACACAGCAAAAUUCACAAUGUAGAGAUGAUAAAACAUAGCAAAUGAACUCAAAUGACCCAAAUGUACAAAUAAUAUUCAACCAUGAAGUAAGAAAGCCUGGAACAACAUCCAUACUCAAAUUAAUUUGGCUAUUCCAGAACAGUGAGGAGGAGACAGAAACUUCCCCACCUUGUAUGCUGUUGAUUGGAGCACAAUAUACUAAGCAGCAGAAGAAGAAAAAAUUGAAUUGUGAAUACCAUGAACUUAACCAUAUGUUGCUCAUAAGAUACAAACUACAAACAAAAGAUGAUCGUCUACUCCUGGCUGCAGAAAACAGAAGUUUGCAUAGAAGCUGGUUCAGGGCAUCAAAAGGAAAAAAACAAAAAUGCAUUACCAGUAACAGCCACUUCGCCAAACACAGCAAUAACCUGUCACCCAUCUUGUCGAUGAUUGUGUAGUAUUGAUGGCUAAAUGCUUAUACACUGAAAGACUCCCCAAAAUGGCCAGGCUCAUUCAUUGGAGAAUCUAAAAGAAACACAACUUAUCAGCACCAGAAAGGCACUGGGACCACAAUCCACAACACAUAAUGGAAACCUGAUUUACAAAAAAUAAUCUCUCAAUUAAAAUCCUCCACCUGUGUCCUUGAUCCAAUACCAACAAGGUUCUU